AUGGUCAUCAAGCUGAAGAAAAAGCUAAACAAUCGCUGUUUGCGUCUGGGAAACCUGAGGUGUGGGAGCUUGGUUUGUAUUGCUGAUUAUGUGGUGAUUUUGGCUUCAUCAGGCAGUGACCUCCAGCUCACACUGUGUCAGAUGCAGCUGAGUGUGAAACAAAGCCGAAGACCUAAAGUGGAAGUGAUUGGGUGCCUUGGUGUUGGGAUCUUCCAUGUCCUCGUCUUCAUCGGGCUUCCCAUUUGCACACUGCAGGUAACCAAUCAGUCCCCGCCUAAUUUCACGCAGCAUGUAAGCGAACAGAGCAAAGUGACGGACCGCACGAGCCGCAGGUUGAUCCGGAUCUACCAGCUUUACAGCCGGACCAGCGGCAAACACGUACAGGUCCUGCCCAACAAGAAGAUCAACGCCAUGGCCGAGGAUGGAGACGUGCACGGUAAGAGAAACCCACAGACAGGAACAUCUGGGGGACGGUUUUCAUUCUGCAAAUCUUUAACAUCUUUUGUGAAUAUCCUCUUUUUUCUGUCGUUUGUGAUUUUGCAGAAAAAUGGACUAGGCCGUGACUGUAUCUUCACCGAAAUCGUUCUGGAGAACAACUACACGGCGCUGAAGAACGUCCGUUAUGAGGGCUGGUACAUGGCUUUCACGCGUCGGGGGCGUCCACGGAAGGGCUCACGGACACGCCAGCACCAACGUGAAGUCCACUUCAUGAAGAGGCUGCCAAAGGGGCACCAGCCCACCCAUCCGAGCCACCACCGGCCUUUUGACUUCAUCCACUACCCUUUCAGUCAAAGGACUAAGCGCACGUGAUACUCGUCAGAGAAUAAAACGGAAAAGUCAGAGAAAAAGGAGAACCUGACUGGAUUUCUCUCCCCAAAAACCUCUGGAGACAGUUUUAUACCGAUAAAUAUACCUUGA